AUGAAAAAUAAAAUGAAUGGUGAUGAGCAACAAACUGAUAUUGAAAAUGAAGAGACUAUAAUUAUUAUUUGUUUUGACCCAAAUAAUGAAUUCAAUGAUCAUAUAGAAGAUUUAAAACAACAAAUCAAUGAUUCAGUUAUAUUCUAUAGUGAACUUGAGUUAUGUAUUAAUUUUAUUAAAUCAAUUGUCGAUAAAACAAUAUUUCUGAUUAUUUCUCCUUCAUCUAUUUCUCAAAUGAAUAAGUUUACUCAAAUUAGAAAUAUUUUUUUAUUUAAUGUAUCAAACAAUUCGAAUGAAUGUUUAUCAUUUAAGGAUUCAAAUAUAGUUGGUAUUUAUGAUAAAUUUGAUUUAUUACUUACAGCAAUUACAAAGCAAAUCAAUUUAAUUGAGACGAAAAUGUCUCGAUGCUGUUUUUUUGAUGAAAUUCAAUAUGAAAAUAAAGAUUUAUCAAAACAAUCGAAUAGUUUUCUAUGGCAUCAACUUUUUCCGGAUGUUCUCUUACAUUUAUCAUCUGAUCAACAGUUUGAAAAUGUAGAUCAGAGUAUCUUAGAACAAUUUCCAUGGAUUAAUGAUUAUAAACCAAACGAAGCGGUAGGAUUGUUUAUGAAAUAUCCAUCACUUCGAGAAUUUAUUAACAAAGCUCUGAAAAACGAAGAUAUUAAACAACUUUAUAUGUUACGAUAUUUUCUCAGUGAUUUAAUACAAAAUCUUCAAUUUGGUAAAGAAAAUCGAAUUGUUUAUCGAAGAAUGAUCAUAUGUCGUAGUGAAUUUAAUCAAAUACAAGAACAUAAUGGUAAACUUAUUAUGAUGAAAGAAUUUCUAAUAGCAAAUACUGAUCGAUCAUCUUGCCAUGCACCAUCAACAAAACAAAUUUCAGUGCUCUUUGAAAUUGAAUUGAACAAAAAUUCAAUCUUUGCUGAUCUUGAGUUAUCUGAUCAAGAAACGAUUGUAUUUAUUUUAAAUUCAACUUUUCGAAUAGAUAAUAUUCAACAGAAUGAUCAAUUAUGGAUUAUUAAAUUAAUUUCAGUUAAUGAUGGACAAAUAAUUAAACAAAAAUAUAUUGAUGAUACACGUCGUCAAUUUCCAGAUUUAAGUAUUUCAAUUAUUUUUGGUAAAUUAAUUUGUGAUAUGAGUCAAUGGAAUCAAUCACAGGCAUAUUUUGAAUAUUUAUUAAAUAAUCAUUCACAUACGGAAGAUUUAGCAUGGAUUGAACAUGGUCUUGGUCAAACUUAUCAUUGGAAAGGAGAAUGGAAUGAAUCAAGAAUAUAUUAUGAUCGUUCGUAUGAACGAAUGAUGAAAAACGAACCAGUUCGUAUUAGGGAUUCUGCUGUUAUACUCUCUGAUAUUGGUAAAAUAUUAUAUUUUCAAGGACAACUAGAAGAAUCCUUUAAUUUUCAUCAAAAAGCAUUAGCAAUUCACAUGAAAUAUUAUUCUCCUUAUCAUCCACAUAUUGCUAUUAGUUUAUACAAUAUUGGUUUGAUCUUUCGAAUAAGACAAAAAGAGGAUGAAGCAUUAGUCUUUUUUCAACAAGCAUUAUUGAUUCAAGAGAAAUAUUAUGAUGCAUUUCAUGUAGAUAUUGGUACAAGUUUAACUCAGCUUGCGUUAUGUUUAACGAAGGAAAAAAGAUAUGACGAAGCUCUUAAUUGUCAUCAACGAGCUUUAGCAAUAUAUGAAAAAUAUUACCCAUUAGGCCAUGUAUCGGUUGCACUUACCCUUAAUUAUAUGGGUUAUAUGUUUUAUCGGCAAGACAAGUACAACGAAAGUUUUACUCCUAUUCAACAGGCAAUGAUACUGCAGAAAAGAUUUUAUCCAAAUGGUCAUAUUGAUAUAGCGAUGAGCUUGCUCGAUAUGGGAAACUUAGAGUAUGACAAAAAAAAUUACGAUAAAUCAUUAAAAAUGUAUGAUCAAGGGCUGUUAAUGUUUAGAAAAUUUAAUUUAUCGAAUCACAUAUCGACUGUUGCUCUUUUGGAGAAUAUUGGUGAGACACAAAUAGAUGAAAAAAAUGAUUGUGAUAAAGCUCUAGAUUAUUAUCAACAAGCUCUUAACAUACUCGAAAAAUAUUAUCCGUCGUAUCUAGCUCAUAUCGCUGACAUCCUUAAUGAUAUGGCUUAUGCUUUUUUUAAACAACGGAAACUUGAUAAAGCACUCGACUUCUAUCAUCGAUCAAUAAACCUACUCAAAGAAUAUUAUUCAUCUAAUCAUGUUGAAACAAUUUCCUUUUUAAGAAACUAUGAUAAUAUAUUGGAAAAUGAUGAAUUCAUUAAACAUCACGAACAAGUAUUAAUAUCUCGAAAGGAAAACGGUACUACACGAGGUAAUACUUGCAUCGGAAGCAAUUACAAUGGAAUCAGUCACGUACAUCGCAGACAAAAUCAAUUUGAUGAAGCUUUUGAUUUCGCUCAACAAUCAAUAAGGUUUACAGAAAAAUCUAAUCCAACUAAUUAUAGAAGGAUUACUGAUAAUCUUAGCAAUAUUAGUGAAGCUUUAAUGCAUCAAAAGAAAUUUGAUGAAGCAUUUGAUUUUGAACAGAAAGCAUUAAAUAUUCUAAAAACUCAUUGUCCUACCAAAAUUAUCAAGAUUAUUGAGAGUUUAAAUCAAAUGGGUAAUCUUCGACGAAAACAAGGAAAAAAUAAUGAAGCUUACGAUUUGUUUCAAGAAGCUUUGACAAUUUAUGAGAAAAAUUCCUCAUCUCUCGAAGCAGAUAUUCCAUAUACUCUUACGAGUCUUGGUAUUAUUAAAUAUAAUCAGGGAGAUUAUGAUGGAUCUUUGAACUAUUUUAAUCGAGCAGUAAAUAUACGCAAAAAAUUUUAUUUGACUAAUUGUAGUCAAAUAAUUCUUAGUCUAAAUUGGAUUGCAUUUAUUCAUUAUCAGACACAAUCGUAUGAUCAGGCAAUUGAAUUUUAUGAACAAUGCUUACAAAUUGCUAAAGCCAAUGCUGUUCCAGGGCAGUUAACUACUGAUGAGUUUCUUGGGAAAUUAAGUGGUAUAAAACGAGCUCAACUUCAGUAUGAAAGUUCCCUAGCAUACGAACUAAACUGUUUGUUAAUGCGUGAAAAAUUUCUACCACCCAAUCAUCAAGAUAUUGGUAAAAGUUUAAGUAAUAUCGGUUUAUGUUAUGAACAUCUUAAUCAACGUAAAUUGGCACUUGAUUAUUAUAAACGAGCAUUAUUCGUUUAUGAACAAUGUCCAUUAGCUACGCAUGAUCGAUGGACUAUAGAAUCUAAAAUUCAGGAGCUUUCUAUAGAAAUAAAUCAAUUCAACAUUAAAAUCUUUAGGAUAUGUUCAAAACAACGAUAA